CAGCACUCAAGAGUUAUUACGACACUAUACACUCUCACUCAUGUCAAGCUGAACACGGAGGGCACAUGAAUGCCAGUAUAGCAGUCUCUAUACAUCCAAGCUUUCAGCACAAGCACACACAUGGCUUUGGAAGAACCACACAGGACCUUGGGAAAGGUCACCACCGUAUUUGCAACCAAGCUGAAGUCUUUCACCUUUGUGCCACUUCUAAAAAGACUGCCUGCUGAGAACAGGGUCUGGAAAAAGGUACUUAAGGCAAGCAGACCAAACAAGACUUCACAAGAGCCAGGGGACACUGAGAAAAGCAUGGCGGAAGAGGGUGUCUACAAAGCAGAGGUUGUUUACGUCCAAAACCCCGAAGAGGGCCAGCUUGAAGAAACGCUCAAGAACACCACUCAAAGUGAGAUUCAGUCAACUGAGAAUUUAACCCUUAAACCACUCACCAUGCCUAGCCCAGCCACCAUGGAAACCACUGAUAACAAGCACCCUGGCAUUUCUCAGCUAGGCUUUCACAACACUUCAGAGGCUGCUGAGGUCAGCUCAGGUCUGUUUUUAAAUAGCUCAUCUCAGAGAGAGGAGGCCCUUAGCCCUGCCAGCUCCAUGGAUUUUUUCACUUCCCCUGCUUCUUCUAAGGAGUCUAUUCUCUCCGAGGGCUGGGACAAGGAGAGGAGCUGGUCAGGGCUCCACAUGUUCUCCCGGGAUGGUUCUCCUGGCCUCUUUAGUGACACGGUUUCCCCAUGUUCUUCCAUAAGAUCCGGGGCCUUCACACCCUCUGUGGUGAGAAUCAAGCGGCACUCCUUGGCUCCGGGCUCCAGUCUGCUGCAGAUGUCGUCCGCUUGCGAAACACCCUGCUGUGACAGUCGGGCAACCUCACCCUGUCCUCUUACGCCCCGUGCCCGGCACAGACUCCCUCCAACCCAGCUUUCCCUUUUAACAGCCAUCCUCAGGAAAGGUCGUCUGCCCGUCCUGUCCUCUGCUUUUCAAAGACCUUACACACCCUGCUGGCCCAUCAGCCCAGUUAACAUGUCCUCCUGUACAGCAUGCUCAGCUGCCUCUUCUGUUGCACCCAUGAACGUCUCCAAAGCAAAGUCUUGUACUUCCAUAGAUAGACCCUGUACUGAGUCUUACCAGGUUUCAAUGGUCAGGACACCUGAUGAAACCCCACUGACAAAACCACCAGAAAGACUUGAAUCAUGUCGACAUUUCACCAAUACUACAAAACACAGCCCUUCACCAAGCUUACCUACUGUCCAGGCUGCCAAUUCUCACCUGUCGAAAUCAAGUCACAAAGGAAAUCGUUUACCGACAGUUCCUAGCUCUCUUUUGUGCAGCUCCCGAUCCCAGAUGAACUCCUCAUCUUCUAAAUCAAGCUCUCUGUCUGGCUCCAGCACCGAGAACCAGAAAAAUCCAACAGUGUCAGUGGAUCGUCCUGCAUCUACAGAACCAAACAAACCUUUAGCAUCCUUAAUGCAGAAUGAUGAAACAAAAUCCCAUGAUAGGUCAGAAAAAUAUUCACUGUCACUAAAACAGGGUCAGAAAUCGUCUGAGCUCUCCAACGCACCAUAUCUGAAAGAUAGAGGAAGUUCAUCUGACAAUUUAGACUCUUCGGUAUCAAAACCUGCACAAAAUUCAUGUAAAUCUUCCUGCUUUCCUACUCUGAAACACACAACGGAAUCACAUAGUAAUUCCAUAUCUCCUGUUUUAAGUCACAAGGAGAGUAAACAAAAUACUCUUUUCCAAAAUGGUGGCAAAAGCGAUGUCGAAAGAGUGCUCCUAUCAUCCCCGGCUUUUAGACUGUCUCCCUCACCAAGACCCGUGGGUCUCCCCCGCCUGUCCUACACACCUCCAGCCUCUCCUGCUUGUCCCCCAGUCCACCCAAACUCCCGCUCCUCCACCCCAGAUCGCUACAUCCUCUCGCCCUCCCCAGCCGUCCCAAGCCGUCAACUCUCCCCCUCACCCUCGUACUCCUUCUGUUCAUCACCCUCUCCGUCCCUAUGGUGCAGCACACCAGACUGCGCAGAUGGGGACUGUAAAAAUAGAAAGACAUACAAGAUCAAAUCCACCUACAAGGCACUCGCUGCUAUUCCCACAAAUACUCUGCUCCUGGAACAGCAGGCUAUAGAUGAAGAGGUCAACAAGAAAGAGGCUUCAUUUAACCCCGCGGUCAACUAUUCUUGGGAGGACCCACAUGCAGAGAUGUGCUCUCCUGCGCAGCUGCGUCAGCAGACUGCAGAACUGUACGCAACCAUCGAUGAAGUCCUCGAGGACUCGAUCCAAAGAUGUCAACCAGACCAUGUGAACAAAUCCAAUGUGGCAGCGGAGGCAUCAAGGCCACAGACGUCAUCACCAUCUCCAAAACUAUUGGGACGGGAAACAAGAUAUACAAAGCCUGGAGUUAUUAGACCAGUUAUUGCAACAUCCAGAUUUACAGAUGAUGAAGAAUUCCACCCAAAUCCUUUCAAGAGCCUUCAAGGGAACAAAUCCGAUCGUUACCAAUACAAGUUUGUCAGCAGUGCGCUCUGCAGUGAAACCCAAACAGAUGGUAGAGGAGCUUCAGACGGGCAGCCAGCAUGUGGAAAGGGGCUUCCUUCAGAGCCACAAGGAGACUGUAAGACAAGGCUGGCAUCUCUGAUCACGCAGACCAGGAUCUCCACGCAAGAUGUUCCCACCUCCACAAAGCCCCAGGAGACACACAUAUGAUGCUUACAAGAGAGCUUGAUCUGAUCGUAACUGUGACUGCACAUUAAAAAGCCUAUUAAAGGCAUCACACGUCAAGCAUCUUAAAGGCUAUUCCUUCCUCAAUUGAAGAUGCACAAAAGUAAUUUUAAUCUGAAUGAAUGAAUAGUAAAAUGAUGUAUGAACUCAAACUCAAGGGCAGGUUUCACCCCAAAAUCAAAAGUAAGAAGUAAUAAUAGUUCUAUACAACAGACUGUUAUUCAUUUUUUUCUGUCUGAUUUUGCUGUGAAAUGUGACUAUUUGAUAACUGAUAACUUUAAACCAUUCACCCAAUAAGAGCAUAAGAAUAGACAUGUAAUUAUUAGGGCACUUUUAUGUACAAUCAUUCAGUCAAAUAGUGAUUGCUGUGAAAUUGGCCUUACUGUCUGCAUCACAUUUACACAGUCACAGUGCCUUUGAUAUGAUGUGGCCUUUUCAGAUCAUUUAAUAAUAAAUAUAUGGCAUGUCCGAGA